GGGACCCCGCCCUUCCCCAGGUGCCCGGGCCCUGUCCACCAUGUCUCUGGACCUGGCGGAUGUGGGGCGACGAGACCUGGAAGACAUCCAACAGUUGGUGAAGAAGUUGGAGCAUGUGAUGUCAGCAACCGAGGUGCGGGAGGCAGUCGACAAGGCCUUCCGUGAUUGGCAGCGGCACUUUGAAGAAAAGUCCCCCGCCAUAGGACCCCCGGCCUCCUUCCAGCUAUCGCACCCCGUGUUUCGCAAGACGGCGCGCUGCUGCUUGACGGGUAACAUGGUGACAAAGGAGGAGUUGGAAGAGUUCAAAGAAGAGCAAGACAGAAUCAUUAAAGAUAACGUGAAAGCAGAAGUUGAAAGCCACCUCCAGGAACUCAAAACAAGAAACGAUGCCUUUCAGGAUUUCAUCCACCAAAAGAUGAUUGAGGAUGUGAAAUGCAAAGCCAAGUUGGAUGGCUUUACCUCAACAUGGACCGAGGAAAACAUCAAGUCCGACCCAUCACUAGCCGAACUCACAAAGAACUGCACUCAUAUAGAGCUUUUUCGCAAGAAGAGUGGGGAAGGCGCCUAUCAGGGCGGGUUCAAGCAAUGCAAACGAACAACUGGCCGGAUUUUCAUUCUUUUGGCAACCCUGUUUGCAGCUUUAUGGCCGCGAACAGGCACAGAAAACAACAAGUGGGUCCUCCACGGCAACCGUGGGAAUAUUUUUGAAACCGGCCGGAAUUGGGCCAAAUACCUUGGUUUCCAUGUAGAAGCCGAUGGAUACCAAAAGCAAUGGGAAGUUAAUGCUGAGCGGGUGGAGGAGCGCUGCAACUUCCAGACCAAGCUACGCGCACCCCUGGAGCCCGAGGAUCCACGCUGGACGGCUGAGCAGCGCGCCUUGAUUCUGAAGAUCGAAGACCGGGUGGCGGAAAUCUCAGGCGCUGCGCGGCACCAGGAUGAGACGGCCCUGGUGGGUACGCUAACACCGCCGCAGGCCUCUGGCGGCAUCAGUGAGCAUUUGGGUCUUCAUGUCGAUACCAAUGCAGCGCACUGGCGUUUUUGCACCGCCAUCAUCUACCUCUCCACUUUGGGCGCCGGCGUCAUCGGGGGCGAGACGGUCUUCCCGGUGGCGCUGGAUCCGCAAGUGGAAGGCCGAAAAAUGAUGGGUUUAACAUGGUUGAACCAGAAAAAAAUGGGGGUUAACCAUGUUUAA